UUGCUUUUGUCAAAUGAAAAUUGACAAAAAUAUUAAUUGUAUUUAAUUAUUUAUGUUUUUUUGGGAUUUCUUGUUAAAAAUGUGUAUUAUCUUGUGUUGUGAGUUAUGCUUGUGAUAAUUGUGAGUGAAAAAAUAUAAAACCAGUGACUUUAGACCAUGAAAUCUGGCCAAAGUAUACGCACGUAACCUAAAACUUUUUUAACAAAAAAAAAAAAAACUAUCAGUCUCAGCGGGUAAAAUCAUGUUGUAGAGGUAUUAUUAGACUCCACAAUAUCCUCUGAUAUCAUCAUCUUAUUUCUAGGAAGGCGACCUUAUUCUAAUGCCAACCCAAAACUGCUUGUGUUUUUAGAAAUAAAUAUUAAUCUAUUAUUAAACUAAAUUAAUGCAGAGCCAUGGAUUCUUUUCAGGAUUACCGCAAGAAAUUAAUGGAACACAAGGAGGUGGAAUCGAGAUUAAAAGAUAGUUGAUCCUCUUGUGUAUAACAUGAGCCAUGAAGACCCAGGUGACGUCACAUAUUCUGCUAUCGGAGGUCUGCAGGAACAGAUUAGACAGCUUAGGGAGGUAGUGCAGGCUCCCCCGAGCGGUGGGGUCUCGUGUCACCCCCCGCGCGCCCCCCGCCGCCCGCGCCGCCCGCCAUCCACCACGAGACCUCCUCCAACUCCAGCUGGGCGGAGAUGGAGACCUACGUCAUAGUGGAGGAACGCGAGUCUGAAACCUGCCAUUGCUAUCGCGCGCCAAAAAAGAAAAAAACAGUGCCAAAAAACAAAAUAAAGAUAUGCAGUUUUGCAAAAACCUGCUGUGCGAGGUGGAGUGCCACGAGCACGCGAGGCCGUCCCUGGUGUCAACACGAAGCAGUUCCCGCAGUACCGGAAGGUCAUCAAGUGUCCCACGGACCUCUCCACCAUCAAGAGGAAACUCCAUGAUUCAGGCGGCUAUCACAGCAGCGAAGCCCAAGUUCAAUAUAUUUUUGCAGUACGCCAAAGUGGAACUGACUCCACCCAAACUUAGCGAUAUCCCACAGAUCAGAGCUGGUAUCGGCAAACUGUUGUCCAACGCCAGGUCAGGGGCGUGGAAGAACUUAACAGUGAAGCAAGCGACACUCAACACGCUGGUGGGAAUGGAGGUGGUCUUCUGGUUCUAUGUGGGUGAAUGCAUUGGAAAACGCCACAUUGUUGGCUACAAAGUUUAAGAUCCUGUUUGUUACUGUACUAUAGAUAAUAAUGUAUAUUAUGUUAUGGCAAAGAAAAUUAUUAAAACACAACCGUUUUGUCA